AGGGGCAAUACGGACGGUAUUCUAGGAGGCACACAACAAGUACGCUGCAGAAAGAACAACAUUCAUUAUGGUCGUAAGUGCUAUUGCAACUCGCGUUGUUAGUUUCAACUUUAAUACAAAACUCUGCAUAAACAAAUGCAGUAUUUUUUAUUUUAGUUAAUAUACGGGAAUUAAACGGCACCGUGAGUUCUUCUGUUACAACCGUUUACGCAACUUGCUGAAACAACUCAAAUCACCUGUCAUGGCGGAACACGGAGCACAUUUAACGACAGCAUCAUCAGAUGAAAGACCUUCGAUAUUUGAAGUUUUAGCGCAGGAUUCAUUGAUGAGUGCAGUCAAGCCUGCCCUGCAACACGCCGUCAAGAUCCUCGCAGAGUCCAACCCCACUCGAUGUGGAGUCCUGUGGAGGAGGUUUGAUGAGAUCUACGCCCUCUUGGAUCUGCUUUUGCAGCACCAUUUUCUCUCUCGUUCCAGUGCUUCCUUCUCUGAGAACUUUUACGGUCUGAAGCGAGUGCUGGCCUCUGAUCCCACCCGGCCUGCACACUUUGGCCUCAGACGCAAGCAAUAUCUGCGGUCCCUAUUGCUCCUGGCACUCCUGCCUUACCUGCGUGCCAAAGUGGAGAAGAUAUUAGCUCGUCAGAGGGACGAGGACGACUUCUCCAUACGGCUGCCCCAAUCCAUUACUCACAAGAUGUACAGGGCCUUCCUGGUCGCCUAUCCAUUCAUCAGUAUGGCUUGGGACGGGUGGGUGUUUUGUCAGCAGUUGCUGUAUGUGUUCGGCCGCACACGCACGCAUUCACCCUUACUGUGGAUGGCCGGGGUCAAACUGGCACACCUCACAGCACAUGACAUCCAAAGCCUGGAUCUGAAGCCAAGCAGCCCUAUUGGCACAAGCCCAAGUGUUAUUGAAAAAAUGCAGCGGAUAAUGUCCUCGGCUGUUGGUGGUGUGGCCAUGUCCCUUUCCACCGGUCUGUCCCUGGGCGUUUUCUUUCUUCAGUUCUUGGAGUGGUGGUACUCCUCAGAGAACCAGAGCACUGUGAAGUCCUUGACCACGCUCCCCACGCCACCUCCCCCCGUGCACCUUGAUGACCAAGCAGCGCCGGGCGUUCUCAGCAAACUCUGCCCCCUCUGCCGAAAAGUCCGUGCCAACGAUACCGCUCUGUCCACGUCUGGUUUUGUGUUCUGCUAUCGGUGCAUAUACAUGUACGUCAAGGCCAAUCAGAGGUGUCCCCUUACUGGCUAUCCCUCUGGAGUGCAACAUCUCAUCAAGAUUUAUUCGCCUGAAGGCUAGAUUCAUGUCUACAUUUCAGUUCUCUUGUAUGGUAUUUUAAAGUAUUAUUCAAAUAGAAACCUCAAUUGAAUGCCUUUGACGGACUGAUUCAGAAUAAUUUGAAACCUCAGUUACAUUUUUGAAUUUUCAAAUUGAAAUGUCAACUUUUAAUCUUGUUUGAUUAUUAUUUACAAUAGUAGGACAACCCAUCACAUUCCCUUAUUGCUCAGCUCCCAGUGUUUGUGCCUUAACACAACUCCUAUGGAGAACAUAUUUUCUUUUCCAAGAUGUGGCAACAUUAACAGACCUUGUGGACCUUGGCAAGUCUAGAUAAUUCUAAAUUCUAGGCUAGAUACCACAGUACUAAACAGGUUACAAAACUAUCCCAUGUAGUUGCUGGGAGGAAUGGGUUUUUUCACUCUUUACAGAUUGACAAUUACAGACUUCGCAGGUUCAGUUUCUACUCAUGGACACAAUUGCACUGUUAAUUCAUUUUGCACCAUAAUUGAGGAAUGUUAACAAUAAGGUAACAAUGUAUAUACAGGAAAAUGUUUUUAAUUUUUUAAUAAAACAACAAUUUUAUA